AUGGCGCUCGACAACUACUACCGCAACAAGAUCGAGAGCAUGAAGCUCGAGAUUAUUCAAGGUCAAGCUGUCUUACGUCGACUGGAAGCACAACGAAAUGACUACAACUCAAGAGUACGCCUACUGCGGGAGGAGCUGGGCCUUCUUCAACAGCCCGGCUCCUACGUCGGCGAAGUGGUCAAGGUGAUGAGUACCAAGAAGGUUCUCGUCAAGGUUCACCCAGAAGGAAAAUAUGUUGUCGACAUUGCGGAUGGCGUUGACAUUGGGAAGCUCACCGUGGGCAAGCGGGUGGCCCUUUUGUCCGAUUCCUACAAGCUCGAAAAGAUGCUCCCGUCCUCUGUUGACCCCCUGGUUUCGCUCAUGAUGGUCGAGAAGGUUCCCGACAGCACAUACGACAUGAUCGGUGGUUUGGAUCAGCAAAUCAAGGAAAUCAAGGAAGUUAUUGAGUUGGGUCUUAAGCAUCCAGAGCUUUUCGAGUCGCUGGGUAUCGCACAACCCAAGGGAGUUCUUCUAUACGGGCCUCCCGGAACCGGGAAAACGCUCCUUGCUCGAGCAGUGGCUCAUCAUACGGACUGCCGGUUCAUCAGGGUUAGUGGAUCCGAGCUGGUCCAAAAGUAUAUCGGUGAAGGAAGCAGGAUGGUCCGUGAACUAUUCGUAAUGGCACGAGAGCAUGCUCCGAGUAUCAUCUUCAUGGACGAAAUCGACAGUAUCGGUUCCAGUCGUAUCGAUUCUGCCGGCGGUGGAGACUCGGAGGUGCAGCGUACUAUGUUGGAACUGCUCAACCAGCUGGAUGGAUUUGAACCCACCAAGAAUAUCAAGAUUAUUAUGGCCACCAACCGAUUGGAUAUCCUCGACCCGGCCUUGCUGCGGCCGGGACGGAUUGACCGGAAGAUUGAGUUCCCCCCACCGUCGGUGGAGGCUCGUGCGGAUAUUCUCCGGAUUCAUUCCCGGUCAAUGAAUCUGACCCGUGGCAUCAACCUGACGAAGAUCGCAGAGAAGAUGAACGGUUGCUCUGGAGCAGAGUUGAAGGGUGUUUGCACGGAAGCAGGCAUGUACGCCCUGCGAGAGCGGCGGGUGCAUGUCACCCAAGAGGAUUUCGACCUGGCCACCGCCAAGAUCCUUAACAAGCACGAUGACAAGGAAACUGCUCUUGGCAAGCUUUGGAAGUAG